CUGCAGCUAAUUACACAACUUUUAUUUGAAUUUGUUAGAAUAUAAUUUCUAAAGAUUUCUCUUGGAAAUUCAUAAUGGAUACUAUAAUUUAAUCUAACCACAAACCGUGUGAAAUAGAAUUAUGUACAGGAAGGUAAGUAUAACGGUGCAUUUAUGAUAUCCGCAGGUCUUACAAGGGAAAAACGCGAUUGUGCGCUAAAAACAUUCAAAGACUUCGCGGUUCUUUGUACCCCGAGCUACCCCGAUAAGUUCCGAACCCAACAGAGACAGACUAUUAUUUGCUGACAUGGCGACUUGAAGUGUUGUGGUGUGUUUAGUUAUCCUGUUUGGGGAUUUAACCCUUUUGUUUUUAAUGGUGACACUGUCAAAAGUGUAAUCCAGAAAUAGUUAUCCCCUUACAUUGCCAAUGUCAAGCCAACCCUAUCGAUACCCGCAACAAAUACCGUAUCUAAAACCUGGAAUAGCAGCACCUGCGCCAGCCAUGUCUUCCCAACGUUUUUGUCUCAGAUGGAACAACCAUCAAUCCAAUUUACUCUCAGUAUUCGAUCAGUUACUCCACGAUGAAAGUUUCGUUGAUGUAACUCUCGCAGUGGAAGGACAAUUGCUCAAAGCCCAUAAAAUGGUACUAUCAGCAUGCAGUCCGUACUUCCAAGCACUGUUUAUCAAUCAUCCUGAUAAACAUCCAAUUGUGAUAUUAAAAGACGUCCCGUAUAACGAUAUGAGAUGUCUGUUAGAUUUCAUGUAUCGAGGUGAAGUUAGUGUCGACCAAGAUAGGCUGACUGCAUUUUUAAGAGUUGCUGAAAGUCUAAGAAUAAAAGGUCUAACGGAAGUAAAUGAAGAAAAAUGUGAUACAAUUGCUUCCUCGCUCACACAACAAAAUUUACAAAAUUUGCCAAAUUUACAAAGAUUGCAACAAAGUAAAAGGUUUGGCAAUCAUUUAAAUAUGUUAGGUAACGCUUUACUACAACCUAAAAGGAAAAGGGGUAGGCCUCGGAAACUCUCUGGAUGUUCUAACGGACCUGAUGAUUAUGACAAGGAUAUUGUACAAGGUAGUCCGGAAAUGUUGGAAGUUAAGAUGGGAAUGGAUAAUUUUGCGGGCAAUAAUUCAGAUACAAGUGUUGGAAAGAACGAAGGUGAUUUGGAUGAAGAGAAAGUAAAAACGGAACCAGAACCUGUAGCUGGAUCCUCCAACGAUCAGUCAAUGUAUAAUAAUAAACUUAACGAAGACUUCCAUCCUUCUGGUGAAAAAGCAACGACUACCUCAUUUAAUACUAAUAGUAGCUUAGAAGUAAAUUCGUCUCUACAAAAUGAUAUCGAUAUUUUGUAUCAAGAUUCCCUUGACUCGGAUGACAUAGAGGUAGAAGAUAUACAAGAUACACAAAUAAAAUACGAUCAACGCUGGAACAAAUCGACGUUAGAACAAUCAAAUCACAAUUCUACAAAGAAAGAAAAACCUAAGGCUGUUAUUGACUUGGACGAUUUUGCUCAAUAUCAAAUAGUCGUAGACGAAUCUGCGUUAUACAACAAAAGCUUCCCUACAAAUUCGAUAAAAAGGCCUAAGGACCACGAAAAGUCCGCCAGAGAUUUUUGCGUCAGGGAAAAAGACAAUCUCUACAGAUGUACGGUGUGCUAUAGAAAUUAUACGCAUAUCAGUAAUUUUUGUCGGCACUACAUGACAUCGCACAAAAUGGAUGUGAAAACUUUUCCGUGUCCGGUUUGUGGAAAGGAUUUCACGAGAAAAGACAACAUGGUCGCUCAUUUGAAAAUUAUACACAAACAGGUUACAGUGCCUUGUAAUAAUAAGUAUGUUGAUAGUAAAUAAGGGUGCUAAGUUUACUUUCCUGGAUGGUAUUUAUAGGAAACCUAACGUACAGCUUCCAUAUUUAUCGAAAAUACGUUAAAAUUAAUUCUCUAUUUACUUUGUUAACCAAAAAAUUUCCUAGAAUUUUUUGCCUUCUCUUUUUUCGUUAUGAUUAAUUUGAAAAUGAACAUUUCUGUUUUGAAAUCAAUAUAAAUUACAACUAUAAAGUUUUUUCACCAUAAAAUGCAUUGACAUUCAAUUCAUUGUUCCAUCAAUUACUUAAUUUCAUUCUUAUAAGAGACACUAAGGAAUAAUCCAGUAUAAUGGGUCUUUAAAUGGGAAUUGUGGGGUAAAAUCUUGAAUUUUUUUACUUUGGAAUAGAUAUAUCAAGAAUUUUUUGGAAUAAUCCCUCGGUUAGGUAAUAAAAAUCGGUAUUAUUUUCAUUAUGUUUUAAAAACUGUAAAAAUUAUGGAAAAAAUCAAAUUGAAAUUGUAAAUCUUUGAGUUUUAAACGAAAUUUAUGCUUCGGGGAUGAUAGUUACAAAUUUUAAAAAAUCAAUUUCCCGAAAAUUUUUGAUUAACAAAAAUUAGAAAUAUAUGAAUAUUAAUUUCAGAGAAUAUCUAAUUGGUUUAUAACAAAGUUAUAAGUGAAAAUGUUUCUUACUAUUUUAUGAAUUAUGCGAUUGAAAUUUUAUUCUACCUGUCACUUUCAAGGUAUUAAUUUAUUUACCUUGAGGAAUAUUUCUUGAUUCAUACCAAAUAAGCCUUAGCGCUUGUGUAUAUUUUAUUUGAGAAUAAAUAGCACAGUUCUAUAGCAAUGGCCCUUAUGAAGGAUUGUGAAGCUAAAAAAUUGAGUAUACCUUCUUGUCUGAAUUUUUCCUAUAUUUUAGUAUGGCACCCGAAAGAAAUGUAAAGGAGCAAACCCUAAAGGAUAAACUAAUAAUUCUAUAUCUCUAUAAAAGGGAACUCAAACAUAUUUCAUCAUAAAAAAUAAUAAACUCUCAAAUGACCACAUUUAUGCUCAAGCUGAAAUUUCUGGGACCGUUGGUUCUAAUACACUGCUAAUUUCUCACUAGAAGAGGCGUCCGAACGAAUCCCCAAGGAACAAUUUGCAAUAACCCGCAGCACCUCGCUUAUGCGGAUGAUGUUGAUAUCAUAGCAACAACCACUUCUGCUCUUUCAAUUCAAAAAUCUUGAUGCCUUGAUAAUUUUUUUUGCCAUUACCUUGGGGUCCCUUUUUCUUGGACUAUUGAGAGAAUCAGAAUAAGCAAAUAAAUUUUUAUAUAUUUUUUGAUUACGGGGGUGUUCUGGUCUAGAAGCCUAAAUUUAAGGCAUUUUUGAAACUAACGUAAAAAAAUGAAAAUCAUUUUUACUAUCCAUUUUUUUAUAUUUAUUGACUUAUAAAGAAUAUAAAAAAGAAUCAGAAUUUCAAUAAAUUAUAGGUCGGUAAAAUGGGGGCUAAAAAAGACGGUGCACCCUGGUUGACAUGAUUACAGCCCUUGUAGUGCUCUGAAACAAAACAAAUUGAAAAAUUCUUAAUCUGUAAAGACGUCCCUAUCGCAUUGACCUUAUCCAAAAAAAAAAAAAAAUUCACAAAGUGGCGUCGACAUGAAAUAUCAAUUUUCUUGCCCCUUUUUGUGACACUUUCGAAUUUUUUAAAAAUACUCCAAAUUUUAAUUUUUUAAAAUCCAAGGCAGACGCCGAUUUUCACCAAAUUACAAGGGAAAUGGUCAGGUAGAACUUGAAAUAUCAUGUAAACCACUUCAAAAAAAAUUGUUUUGGAAAUAAUGCGAAUUUUUAAAAAUCCGUUUUAGGACAUAUUCUUAAGGGUCGAAGCUUUGAAAAUAUGCAAAAUAAUCGAUUUUUUUGUAGACCAGAAUAACCCCUUAAACUUUUCCGCCAUCUUCAUACAACUUUCGUUUCCAUACGAUCCGAAAAUUUGAAAAGAACUACCAGUUAUUUACAUCGACAUCUUGAAAAUAUCUUUAAAUAAUUUUUUUAUUAUUACGAAUCCCAAUUAUAAGUCAUAUUUAGUUAAAUCACUUCUACUAUCCAUUUUUAAAAGUAAGGAUGAUUUAUUAGUAUCUUCUUUCCAGUAUCUACCUUAUAUUCAACAUAACCUAGCUUCAUUCAAGUAUGAUAACAUUUUUUGUCAGCUUGAAUUAAUUAUCUUAAUUCUUGCACGACGUGAAUUGAUUGUUAAUCUCUUGAACAUAUCUGUUGAAUAGAAAGCGUUAUUUAAAUUAAUUUGCAAUCUAACGAUUUGCCAAUGCAAUUUGUAAUAAUUUAUCAGUAAAUAUCAACUUUCAAUACAGAGAUACUGAAAAUAAUAGUAGAAGGGAAUAAUUAUUUGAUUAGCGUUUUAAUAACAUAAAAAAUCGUGUUAAAUUUGUGGAGAAAAUGUCAACUUAUGAGAUUUAUAUAAAACUUUAACCUAAUUUUUUUAAUGCUUAAAUUCAUUGAAAGUUCUAGAGUUAUGUCCAUAACAUUGUCUAAUUUUCUUUUCUUUAUAAUAAUUUUUUACAAAUAAAUGAAAUUGUCGAAUUUUGAAAAGAAAUGUGCAUUUUAAUAAAUUUAUAAUAUAGUUAUAUAAUAUAGAGUUAAGCCUAUCAAUUGGAUAUAUUUUAUAAGAAAAUUAAGUUUAUUAUCUCAAUGGAAUUUUGUAGAUAUUUUAAAAAACGUAUUUUCCAUAAAGAUGGUACUAAAUGUACGUGUGAGGCCGGGUGUUGUAAUAAAUAUUUUGGCCAAAAAAGAGCUUUCAAGAUUUUGUUAAGCAUGGAUAUAAUUUAUCCAAAUAUUAGGUCUGUUAAAUAAAAAAUCUAUUAAAUAUUGAUUGAUAUGCUCUUCUCACACUCUAUAUGAAUUAUAUAUAAUUUUCUUAACAUAUAGUGAAUACUAGAGUAAGUUAAUCUUUUAUUUAAAUAUAAAAAUAUAUUCGAUUAACUAUGAUAUACAUAUACAAACUAAAUUCUAAGUCAUACAGAUAACCGUAUUCAAAUGACAUAUGGAUGAAUACCACUUUUACUUGAAAUUUUCAAUUUUUCCAUUUUCCCUUUCUCUCCUUGUGCUGCUAAUACAGUUCUUUCUAGAUUGUUCCACGAAGUCAGAAUAGUUUAAAAUACUCCACAAUAUUCGAAAAUAGUGCAGUGAAGUGAAAUAUUUUUAUUAUCAUCAUAAUGUAUUUAUAUGAAUUUUUCACUCAGGUAUUAUUUUCCCAAUCACUCAGUACUUCCUACAACGAUAUUUUUAACUCUUUCUCUUUCAGAAAAUUACUUUUUAACUAUUCAUUUAAAAUUUGAUUUAUAUGCUCCAACUAUUUUAUUUUGUACAUUCAUAAGCUCAAAUACCUGCAUAUAGUGGUAUUCUUAUGGAACAUACUGUAUGCUACAACUGCAUCAAUAAUCAUAAUUAUACUGUCAAGCAUGUAACUAACUUAUCAUCUUCUAUGGUACUGGUAUUAACAGUGUAUUCAGUUUUUGCAAAUCAACUUAUUUUGUAAUUGGAAGUAAUUUAUAGCUCAGUGAACAGAACCUUAAUUUCAAAAUCCAGAUUUUUCGAAUUGUUUUGUAAGAACUGUGUGGAAUUUCAAAUAUCUUAAAGCACGAAUCAAAGUUAUAGGAUUAUACGAAACAAAUAAAAAAAAGCAUGUGUAAACUUAGGCUCUGUUCAUAGGUAUCCAUUGUUUUUCUAUUUCUUUGUAUCUGUGGCAUGCUUCUCCGAUUUUCAAUUUUUAUUUCUUUUAUACCAUUCAUCAUCUUAGCCAUUCUUUUUUUAUUCUUUCUUUCAUUCUAUUAUCUUCUGUAGAUAUUUGAAACUAUUAAAAUUUUUACUCUACAACCCAUCGAUUAUUGAAUUCUAGUCUAUUGAAGUCUACUGGAACUGGAAAUACUUGAACUAAUGUAUUUGUAGUUCUGUUCAUAGGUAUCCAUCAUUUCUCAAUUUUUUCGAAUAUUUUCUAUCUUGUAUAUAUUUUAACUCUUAACUCUUUCAUACCCUUCAUCAUCACAUUCAUCCAUCUUUUUUUCCUAUUCUAUUUUUUAUUAUCUUUUUUAGAUACUCAUCUACUGGAAUUAGAAACUUUUAAAUCUAUGUAUUUGUAAAUUAUGGUUCUGUUCAUAGAUAUCCAUCCAUUUCUCUAUUUUUUCCUAUCUUUGGCCUAACUUCUCCAAUUUUUAUUUUUUUUACCCUUUAUCAUCUCAUCCAUCUACCUUUUUUAAUUCUUCUUUCCAUUGUAUAUUUUAUAAAACUAUUGAAAUUAGCUGCAACAUUUCGAGGAUAUUUUUUGAACUGAGCAGAAAUCUUCUGGAAUUGGAACUCUUAUAUAUUUGUAGAUUACGGUUCUAUUCAUUUCUUUACAACUGUAGCCUAGUUUCUAAAAUUUUUGAUUAUUAUCUCUUUCAUAUCUUCCAUCAUCCAUUUAUUUUCUGUUAUACCCUUUAGAUACUCUAAUUUAUUGAAAUAUAGUAUAUGCGUUAUAUAUUUUUUGAAUUGAUCAGAAGUCUACUGAAGUUAGGCGUUGCCUGUAUAAUUAUGCACUUAUCUAAUAUUUUGUAUUGUUCUUAUAUAUUCUAGAGCUCGUUAGAAUAAUCUAGAACCUUGAUUUAGAUAUGAAAGUAUAACUAUAACAGUAGGGAAAUGAAGUUAAUGAGAAGUAAGUGAAGACAAUUUUGAGAAAACGUCAAAAAUUUAUGUAUAAAGUUAUGAACCUUGACUUUUGUGUAACAGUGUAUGAAAUUAUAUACCUUUUAAAUAUUUUCUAACAUUAUUCUCGAAGCUCUUUUGGCCAAGAAAUAUGUAGGAGUGGUGCAUGGAUUUAGAACUCAAUUUAUCAUAUAAUUGUAAUUGUUGCCUUUAGUAAGACUGAAUAGAUACAUAUAAAAUAUUUUACUUUAAACAAUUAUAUACAUUGAGAAAAGUAUAACAAAAUCUAUCGAUAUUAUGUAUAUUUCUGUUGAAAAUAAUAAGAUUCAAUGUUAUGAAAUGUUGAACAUUUCAUUUUACAGACGAGUAGAAAAUUUUAUAAUUCGAUGUAGAAAUGGUAGACAAGUAGAUUUUGAUAUUAGAAAUACUGGCGUGGAAUAAGUUUUUGAACAAUUGAAAUUAUACUCUCAAGUUGUAACAUAAAUUUUUUGAAUCUAAUGUCAAACUUAUAAAAUCGAAAACUAGAACGUCUUUCAAUAACUAAGCAUUUACAGUGUUAAAAUAAUCAUUUUCUAAAGCCUCUCUGUUAUAUCAUAAUCCAAAUACAAAAUUAUUAUCACUGGAAAAUGAUUUAUGAAAACCUCAAAUUAACCACCAAUAAUUUACACUCCGAAGAUACAACUGUCAAAAAUAAGUGUGUCAAUGUGGAAUGAUGUCUAGAAAAAUAUAAAAAAAUAGAUAUUCAAGAGUCAAUUUUGAGAUGCAGUCUUGAAGUCUUUAUUUUCAGAUGUUGACUCAAAAACUGAAAAAAAGAAACAGUAAAUUCCAAAUAACAACUACGGCGUCCCUUUUCAAACCAAAAAUGUUAUGUUGAUAAUUAUCCAUACAAUUUUUUAUACCCUUUUAAUGUCCCCACUAAAUAAGAUCAUGUCAUAAAAAUUCGAAAACUUUUCAUAUUUUUUUAAUCGAACAAAAAAUGGAAGAAUCGAAUUGACAUUUUUUUGCUAACAUUUUGUUUUUUGAAUGGAACAAAAUUUUUUGAAACAUUUAUUUAGAAAUAAUUUAUAAACUAAUUGAUUAUCUUAGUAUUGCUGAAAAUUUCUUCACAUUCUUUUCACAAAUUUUUCCAUAGAAACAAAUUUUUAUUAUAAUUAAUAGUUCUAUCAAUGGUUGAAAAAUUUUUUCUUUUCCAAAAAUCAUAAUUUAAAAGUACUUUUAACGUGAUAAAAAUCUUUUUUAUUUACAACAAACGCUAUGAUUUAUUAUAAACAAUAUAAACAAUAUUUUUUCCUUUCCAUGUUUUAAAAUUUCUAAAUUAAAUUUUAAUGUUUAUCAUAAAGGUAGAGAAAACAAUUUUUUCCAAAACUUGAGAAUAUGAUUGUUCCUAUAAUAAAUAUAAAAUUGUGUAUGUGUUGAUGAAACAAAUAUUUUUUAAUUUGAAGAGUACCGCCAAUUAUGCAUUUUGAAAUUAAAAAAAAUCAACUAUUAUUAACAAGACAAAUAUAUCAAGAACAAAUUUCAUAAACAAUUAAGUAAUAAAUUUGAUUAUAAACCAUCUAUAAAAAAAUAAGUAAAUUUUGAAUUGAAUACAUGUUUUUUUAAAAUAUUACAUCGAUUUUGAAUUUUUGUUAGUUUUUAUGACGUGAUCUCUUUAAGUAUAUUAUGAUACAAUAUUCACAACUCCAAACAUUUUAUGACCAUUUAUUUGAAUAUUUUUUUUAUAUUCAAUCUAGUCGUGGUAUCGGUAUUAUUUUGUUGAUAACAAUCGCCAAAUUUUGGUACAGAAUAAGCAACUAAAUUUUUAAAUAUUUUUGCUUAAAGGGGUAUUCUGACCUAGAAGCCGUAAAAAAUAAAAAAACAAGCUGAUUAAGAAUUUGACAAAUUCUUAAUCUGUAAAGAUGUCGCAAUCGCAUUGACCUUAGCUAAAAAUGGCGCCGACAUGAAAUAUCAAUUUUCUUUGCCCUUUUUUUCGACCUACUCAAAUUCAAACGGUCUAAGCUUUAAAAAUAUGCGAAAAAUCGAUUUCUCCAAAUUUUUAGACCAGGCUGCCCCAUUAAUUCUUGAACAUCCUAAAAUUGCCGCACACGGACCUGAAAUCAAAAUUAACAUUAUAAAUAAGGGAUAUAGAGUUUUUAGGCAUGCCAGACUUGUUUUCUAUAAAUUUCUUUUUAUCAUUUUCACAUUUUUUGAUAGUCUUCGAAAUAUUUGCCACAAACUUGAUAAAUUUUUUCAUCUUUAUUUAUUUAUGUACUUAAAAACUUUUUCAAUACAUUUUUAGAUAUCAUCCCGGUUCCAAAUGAACUAAUGCCUACAUAAACUGAAAAAUUAAACUCCGUGAUAAAUAUUUAAUCAGCUAACCCUGAAACAUAACUUUUCAAGAGUUGAAGACACUUAUUAUUAUGAUGUUGAAACUUUUAAUUGCUUACAAUUUUUUAUCAUGUCACCUGUACUCAAUUAUGGGGUAGUUUUUGACAAUGAGAAAAAUAACAAUUAAAACUAUUUUAUCGUAAAAUUACAAAGUUAACUCAAUAUUAACAUAUAAAAGCUUUUGUUAAUAUAAAAUAAUAAUUAUCAACGAAAAUAUACAUAUAUUUGAAGAAAUAUACGCUUACCUGAAAUUUUGAUGCUUAUCAUUUAUGCAUAAUAAAGAACUUACCAAAGAUAUAAUUGAAAACGUUUUAAUAUAAUUAUAAAAACCGACCAGAAAAGGCUAAUCAGAUUCUACUUUCAUUGUUAUAUAUUAUAAAUAAAAUUUAAAUAAUAUUAUGUACAUUUUAAUCAUAUAUGGAAUUAUUUUUUAUAGUUGUACCCACCAUGUAUUUUUUUAUCGAAUCUGUUUUAGCACUAUCAUAAUAAUUAUUUUUAUAAAUGGUCAUUUAUAGAUUUAAAUGGUUGGAAUAAAUUCUGUUUAUUGGUUAUUUUAGACCCAUAUAAAAUUGUCUACUGAAUGUAUUUUCUAUUCUUGUUUUCUUCAAACUCUUUUAGUUCGAUGAGCAUUUUACGAACAAAUAAUCUACCUUCCUGAUAAAAUCAAAUUCAAUAGUUAAGUUAAACACUUUAACCAACUUCCAAUUGUAAUAGAAAAGGGGUGAGUUUUUAAGGGUGAAAAACGGUUUAUCUCGAUUUCCUGCAAAACUACAAAUCCUAUGGAAAAAAGUCGAAUAACAAAAUUGUAGUCAAUAAGAUGAUCUACAACUUUCGUAGUCACACUCUUUCACCUCAAAAUUUAUGUGAAAAAUUCCAAAAACCCAACCUUUGGUUAUUUAUUUACAUCUUUUACAAAUAACAUUUUUUUCAACGAACGUUUGUGAAUAGUUACCUUUUCAUGCCCCACAUACAUUCAUUUGAUAUGAAAUUUUUUUUUAACUUUAUUUUGAAUUUAUAUCGAAAAAAACCAAUCGAAAAUUCUCCCAUGAAAAUAUUAGCUUUUUUUGUUUGUGUCGGUGAGAUUUUUGUUCGUUGAAACCUCUUCUUCCUGUUGGUAUAAAAAAUAUUACCAUCACCAGGGUAAAUUUUCUCAGAAAACUAAAAAGUCCAUGGCCUACUUGUCUUACAGUAAGUUAUCAAUAAAUAAAGAAUAUCGAGAAAAAUAUGAGCGGUGGGUUUAUUUUGUCCAGGAGUUUAUAUUUUAAUUUUUUGAAAAUUUAUGAACUUAGUUCGAUUUUAAGAUUUUCAUAUUAGUUGUCUAGAGGUGCAUCUUUCGAUUCUCUAUCGAAUGACAUUCAAAAAUAAAAAAGGCAUUUUUUGGAUUUACGCGAUGUUAGAACUCAUGUGAUGCCAACGAGGUAUGGAUGAAUGUGAAAAUAUUAUCGAACAAAUAACAGGAAUAGGAAGUAUUUAAUAUUUCAAAUGUUAAUGUGAUUUUAAAUUUGAAACUAAUAUGUGACUAAGACAUUUGCAGAUUUUUAGGCUGAAAUAAUCAAAUUAACUUUUACCAAAUGUAAAUCUGUACUUUCAGCAUAGUUUGUAGUAGCUUUGUAUCUAAAUAUAUAUAAAUCGAUAAGAUUAGAACUGUAAAAGAGAGUGUGAUUAUUUUUAGAAUAUAUUUUAUAUGUUAUAUACUUACCACGUUAAAUAACAUUUAACAUAUUUUUAUAUAAAAUUGAAUAGUUUUAAGGUCAAACCGAUAAUUGAAACUUGACAUAGAGUUCUUCAGGAAUCGUACAUGCGUUGAGUAGAUUUCUUGAAGUAAAAAUAAUUUGAAAAAGAAAAGUUUUUGAGAAUAAAUCCACCAGUUGGUUACUAGUUUUUGCCUGUUACAGUUAUUGUUAUUUGUUGAAACUAGAUUUUUUUAAUGAAGCUAAAAUCUGUAAAAACAGUGCAAUAAAAUUUUUGUAUCAUCUCAUUAUAUCUCUUAUUAUAAUCGAGAGUAAUUGUUCAUUAUCUGAAGUAAUUGGUAAUUAUCUGAAGUUUGUAAAACCAAUGAUGUUAUUUUUUGUUUGACGCAUUAAUUUAAGAUGAAGUUCUAGUCGAAAUUAGACCACGUGACUUCAUUUGACGCUCUAAAUCAGCGUCGAGCGUCAACAUGCUAUUGCACCUCAAUCUCUUGAUUUUCUGCAUCUGAUGAAUUGCGUUUUUGUUAAUUUGAACUCAUUUCUUACCUAAUUAUUUGAUAUUUUAGAGCAUGGAACUAUGCUCAAUGAUUCUGCAUUGAAUUUCAAAUUUCCAUUAUUUACUACUACUAGAAGUUUCAAUUUGAAAGUUUUGAUUAAUGGCAAUAAAAAAUAGGUACUCAAUGUUAUAAAAAAUAAAUUAAAGAAUCUAUUGAAGUUGCAAUAGAUUUAAAAACUUUAAAAGGAGUUUAUAAGUUUAUCUAUGUUAUUUUAUACUCAUUUAUUCUAGAUAUGCCAAAAAUAUUUAGGAAUAUUUACACAUUUGCAGCACAAUUAGUAAAGUAUUAAUCUGGUGAAGAAAAAAAUGUCUCAUAAGAACUUGUACAUUAGGUGCUUGAAAAAAUUUGCAAGGUGCGAAGUGAUUCAAGGCAAUGGAAUGGAGGCAUUCACAGGAUUUAGUUUGAACAAUGUUCGCCUAGAAUUUUUAGGAACUAAGUCCUUAGUGGACAAGAGGCAUUAGUUCUAUUAGAUGGAGAAUGUUAUGAAAUUUAUAAUUAGUAUAGGAGGGUUUUUAUUUAUUCCGAAUUGCUUAAUCAAAGAAUUCUGUUUUGUUACCAGUGUCAAUGUACAGUAGAUUGCUUCAAAAAAAUUUUUUUUAUUAUUACACUCUCAAAUGUCUCUAUUUGAUGUAAAAAAAUCCUCACAAAACAUAAGCUCUAUAGCUUAACUAAAAGAGGUCGCUGUUUUAUUUUAAAUUUCCAUUCAAAUAUAAUUUAAAUUUUUUUGUAAAUUUGAAAUUAAGUCUUUGAGCUUUACAAAACUGUAAAACUGGGUGAGAUUAUGUUCAAAAAAAGAGUAGUUACAGCCAUUCAAUAAUUACAUGCGUUUUCCAUUCAUCAUUAGAAACUGUAACUAGUCUUCUUUUGAAGAUAAUCUUACUCUGUUUUGACAGAGUAAAAUCCAAAAACCCAAUUUUAAAAAUAUAAUAUAAUUUUUCUAAAAUAAAAAAACGACUUUUUAAAGUUGAGCUAUAGAACUUAUGCAUUGUGAGGAUUUUUUACAUCAAACAGAAAGAAACAUUUGAGAGGGUUAGAAUAAGGAAAAAAAUUUUUGAAGCACCCUAUUAUACAUUGACAUAGGUAACGAAACAAUUCUUUCAUUAAGCAAUUCGGAAUAAAUAAAAACCCUCCUACCUUACUCAUAAGUUUCAUAAUAUUCUUCAUCUAGUAGAGUCAAGGCCACUUGUCAUACAAAAUCGGGCCAAUCUAUUGCCUUGGUAUUCAUCCGGAUUCACAAUAGACAAGAUGACUCUUCGGAACGGUUUUUAGAUAAGAGGAAUCAGUUCAGUGUAUUUUGAAAAGAAGUUAAUCCCAGUAGAAGGGUCCCAGUCCAAGCCAUAAGUUUGGGUCAUUCUGGUGAUUUUGCAACUUACAAAUAAACUUUGAAAGGCAGCUUUAAUUUAUAAUCUUAAACUGAUAAUUAUUUAAUUUUGAUAUUUCGCUUUUUCUGGGUGAAUACUUUUUUUUCUUAUUUAUCAUAGAUAAACAUUUCUAUUGAUAGUGAUAAUUUACAUUUAAAAAAGGUUUUAAAAAUAUGUCUAUGCAUAGAUGUGAAGCUUAAGAGUAUUACCGAAUAUUGAAAUAAGUUUUCCUCAAUUGUUUUGAAAUAUAAAAUCCAUAACCAUCAGAUUUACAGAUAGAAUUUUCAAUUUUUUUUAAAGAUUUAUGUGAAUACUCAAUGUUUUAAUGAUUGGUGGUUAAAUAGUCACGAUGAAAAGUCAUAUAAUGCUUGAUUUCAAGAUUAUAACAUAGCAAAUAAAGAAAAUCUGUAGUGUUUCAUUCUCCUUGGAACUGGUGAGACUUGAUCAUCCUUGUAUAUAGGUAUGUAUGUAUAUAUUGGGGUAUCAUAUUCACCACAACCCAAAGUAUUUAUUGUCUCCCUUUUUCUUGUUGUGAUAGUGGAGAACCCAGUUUUUACUGCUUAUUUGUUAAUCCCACUUCUCUUGGAAUAUUUAGAAUGUGGGAUGGCUGUAGCUUCCAGAUAUCUUUGUCUUCUAUUUUAUAAGCUUCGAAGUGUGAGUUCCGUAGUGUCUCAUAGUGUCUUCAUCUGUCCAUUGAGGUGACAGUGCCCCGAUAAGACUCAUAGUCAACAUUACCUUGAGUAUCACAUAUGAUAUAGAAAACGAUUUAUGAUAAGAAUUAAUUGUUCAGGCAGUCGUAAAAAUUAUUCUAUGUAUUUAUAUUUUUAAUAUGUAAGAAAAUGUGCUUUUAUUAAAUUUUUAUAAUAAGUAAAACAGAGAUACAUAUUAUGAAUAAUGCUUCGUAUGUUAAUAUAUUUGCAAAUGUGUGAAUGUUUAAAUAAUUUGGCAAAUUAUUGAUAGUGUAUAUUAUAUAUAUGUUAUAUGAAAGAACUGACAAUAAAUUUCUAUUUGCCUCA